UAUGCUCUUUCUUUCAGAGGCCAUAUGGUUUGGUCUUGUGACCAAAUAAAUAAUUGCCAGCUACAUAAUCACAUACCAGGAAACAAAGGUAGUUAAAAUCAAUAUUAGCUGCUGUAUCUGCUGACCGCUUUGCACUGGGUGGAAAAACUCCAGCAACAGAAGCAGGAGAUAAACUUGGAUGGGCUUUAAAAUUUCAGAGUUCUUUGUGGUGGUCUUAUUUGGGAUAAAUAUACUAUAUUACAUUGGAUGCAGCUGUCUCCCAGAAUUACUGAUGGAACAUGCUAAAAAUGAAACCCGUGGAUGGCUUAAAAGACUUGGUUAAAUUUCUUCUCCGUGAGGAAAUGUCUGUGGUUGCUGGACGCUGAGCCCUACAGCCUAUCUCUUACGUUCAGUAUUUUCAAGAACCUUUGGGAAAGUACAUCUACGCUAAAAAGAUGUGUGGAGGUACUCCAAAAACUGCACACAGCACAGGCGGGCAAACAGACUUAGCAAGAAAAAGUAAUGAUGCCUCUUGCCCACUGGGAAAUAAUAUCUCAAACACAGGAUUAGAUAAAAAGGCUAAAAAAUCUUUGGUAGCAGAACAGAGCACCGACCGUAACAGCAGCUGGCCCUGCUCAGACUUUGACUUGAAUGAAAUCCGCCUGAUAGUUUACCAGGAUUGUGAGAGAAGAGGCAGACAAGUCUUGUUUGAUUCCAAAGCAGUUCGUAAAGUUGAUGAGGCGGCAGCUCAGAAAAUAGUAGAAGAUGCUCCAGGAAAGGCUUCUGCCAGGUGCUGCCAUGCAAGCAGUGGGACCAAUAGUAUUUCUUUCCGUGGUCCAUCAGGGGGCUGCACACAGCAUGUCAAGGACCAGCUUCCAAAGUACCAGUAUACCAGACCAGCCUCUGAUGUCAACAUGCUUGGAGAAAUGAUGUUUGGCUCAGUGGCAAUGAGUUACAAAGGCUCUACCUUGAAAAUCCACUAUAUACGCUCUCCUCCGCAGCUUAUGAUAAGUAAAGUGUUCUCAGCCAGAGUGGGAAGCUUCAGUGGCAGCACAAAUAACUUGCAAGAUAGCUUUGAAUACAUCAACCAAGAUCCCAAUGUGGGAAAGUUGAGCUCUAAUCAAAAUGGUUUGGGCAGCUGUCGCAGUGGAAGUAAUCUAGGUGUGUUACAGCUGUAUAGCAGCAAAAUGCUGCAGGGUGUAUCUGAAGGAGUUCCCCUCCGGCUCAUCCGGAGUGCUUCUUUCUUUGCAGCACACAGCACACCCGUUGAUAUGCCUAGCAGAGGGCAAAAUGAGGACAGAGACAGCGGCAUUGCUCGGUCAGCAUCUCUAAGCAGUCUCUUGAUUACACCAUUCCCAUCACCAAGUUCCUCAUCCUCUUCUUCCAGUAGCUACCAGCGCCGCUGGCUGCGAAGUCAAACAACAAGUUUAGAAAAUGGGAUUAUUCCAAGGUGGUCCACUGAAGAGACUUUUAGCAUGGCUGAUGAAAGCUGUAGUUCGAAUCCUGCAAUGAUUCGGAGGAAAAAAAUUGCCAUCAGCAUAAUUUUCUCCCUGCCAGAAAGGGAAGACUCGCAGAGAAACUUCCAGGACUUCUUUUUCUCUCAUUUUCCUCUGUUUGAAUCUCAUAUGAACAAGCUAAAGAGUGCAAUUGAAAAGGCCAUGAUCUUCUGUAGAAAAAUAGCAGAAUCCAGCCUAAGAGUACAGGUUUAUAUCAGCCGUGUUACGGAUGCCCUGGGAGAAUUCAGGCUUACAAUCCGGAACCUGUACACCGUUCCAAGGGUUGCAGAACCCGUGUGGCUUACCAUGAUGUCUAGUACUUCAGAAAAGAACCAGCUAUGCCAGCGCUUUGUGAAGCAAUUUACACUUCUGAUAGAACAGAUCAACAAAAACCAGUUUUUAGCUGCUUUAUUGACGGCAGUGCUGACCUAUCAUCUGGCAUGGGUCCCAACUGUAAUGCCAAUUGACCAUCCUUCAACAAAGACCUCUGAGAGAGGCACAUCACAAUCUGUAAACCUGCUGGCAAAAUCACAUCCUUACAACCCUCUGUGGGCACAGCUCGGUGAUCUGUAUGGUGCCAUAGGCUCUCCCGUUAGGCUGACACGGACUGUGAUUGUUGGAAAACAUAAGGAAUUAGUUCAGCGUAUUCUCUAUGUUCUGACAUACUUCCUGCGGUGUUCUGAGCUACAGGAAAAUCAACUGACCUGGAAUGGGAAAGUUGGAGAGGAGGAGCAACUGCUAAAUGGAAGCAAGAUCACAACUACAUUGGAAAAGGGAGAGAUUGAGGAGUCUGAUUAUGUGGUUGUCACUGUUAAGAAUGAACCUGCUCUUGUGCCUCCAGUCCUACCUCCGAAGAAUGGUGGAGAUCAAACCAGUAGCACUCUGGGGCAUGUUGGUAAUCCAGAGAGCUUUCCUGCUGUGCCAACGUCUUCAAAAGAAAAGAAUGAAGAAGUAACAGGAAUGGCUGAUCAGAUCUCCAGGGUCUCCUGUAUUGCAUCAAAAGACUGCACAGUUGGCAGUCCUGAGUGUAAAGGAAUGGUGGAUGACAAUAAGAAAGGGAAGGUAGUUGAUGAUAUAGAAGCUGAGUCCAACCAUUUUGAAGAACAAAUAGAAUCAGAGGAUUUAACGGAAGAGUUAAAGAAUAGCAACCAGGCCACGAGUGAAGCAGCAAAAAAGCCAUAUGACAGGUCAUCUGCUGUACCAUGUCCUGAGAGAUUUGUUGCUAGGACUCCUUCGUUAGAAAGGGUCUCCUUCCAGAUUGGAAGUUCUACAUCACCAGAGUCAGAUUUAGAAAGUCACAGGAGAGAAAUGGAUGAAAAUUUUAGGGCAUUCAGAAAAAGCUGUACUUCAAGUCCACCAAAUGUGCCUGCAGAAACUCCUCAGAGCCAACACGAAACUUCCAAAGCCCCCCUUAAACCAUUACACAUUAAGCAUAAUAUCUGUUAUGCACAAAUUUCAUCAUGCGAAGCGAGUGCAAGUAUAUUUGAAUAUUUUGCUGAGGGUAAUAAAAUUGAAACGAAUGUAGUAAAUACGUCUGGCUUGUCAGAUGAACCACUGAAGUCAUCUGAUAAGAAAAUAGAAAUGAGAAAACCACAAACCUUAGAAGCUGGAACUCUGCGCUCCAAGAAUGGGGAGGACCAUUCAUUUGACUCUGUUAAAACAAGUUCUGAUUUAAAGGACUCCGGCCAAGUAGUCACUGAAGAUGUCUCCUAUGGGGAUCCUGGAAGGAAAAGCCCCUUGAGAACUGAAGGGGAGAUUCGUAGGAAUGAGAGUUCAGACAGUGCACUGGGAGACAGCGAUGAUGAUGGUGCUUCAUGUACCUUUGAUCUACACCCUCGAGGCCAUAUCAGUAAUAGGCAUGAAGAAUUUACAGAAGUAGAACUUCCUUUACCAAGAUCCAACAUAAUCAGCAGUCCAAGUGUGAAAAACUUUGGAAGGUCACUUCUCGGUGGUUACUGUCCCACAUACAUGCCUGAUCUGGUACUGCAUGGAAUAAGUAAUGAUGAAAAACUCAAGCAGUGGUUACCAGCAGAUCUGCUUCAUGCAGUGCAUCAUCCAGUUCUAGAUGAGCCCAUUGCAGAAGCUGUCUGCAUUAUUGCCGAUACAGAUAAAUGGAACGUUCAGGUGGCUACAAGCCAGAGAAAGAUGACAGACAAUAUGAAGCUUGGCAAAGAUGUCUUAGUAUCCAGUCAAGUGUCCAGUUUGCUGCAAUCCAUUUUACAGCUUUAUAAACUCAACCUCCCAGCUGACUUUUGUAUAAUGCAUCUUGAGGAUAGGCUACAGGAGAUGUACCUCAAAAGCAAAAUGCUCUCCGAAUACCUGCGAGGACAUACAAGAGUCCAUGUAAAAGAGCUAGGAAUUGUAUUGGGGAUUGAAUCCAAUGACCUGCCUCUGUUGGCUGCUAUUGCAAGCACGCAUUCCCCAAAUGUUGCUCAAAUACUCUUAUAAGUUGAAAUCUCAGGAUAGUCAUUCCCUAAAAGCAAACUACAGGAGUCUUGAAGAAUUCAAGUACCAAGCACUGGCAGAGGGGCACAGUGAGGGAAGCAGGUGAUGACCGUGCUUUCCAACAGCUUUUGACUCUGACUUUCAGCUGGAUGCUUUAUUUGAAGACUUCAGUUUACAUAAUGUAAAAGACAUUCAGGUGGUUUGUUGGGGUUUUUCAUUUUGGUUUAUUUUUUACACUCACAUCUGAGUUAACGAAUCAUGAAGGUGAAUUCAUCUUUGUGGUCUUUUUAAAUGACAAAAGUAAACACUACAGCGAACACUGAACUGUCAGCAGAAAACACUGCUAAAAACAUCAAGUGGCAGUAAAAAGAACAGGUGGAAUAAGAUGGGCCUUCUAAUACUGCACUUGGGAUCGCAUGGUGUUUUGUGUGCUUCUUUGGUUGUGUAACUGGAGUUGUAAACUAUGUACAUAGCAUUCCAAUACAGAGAUGUUUGAAUGGGUCAUGAAGUUUUGCAGAACACAAACAUCUUUUUGUAUUGUAGUAGUGGCCAGCUGAAAACAAGCAACUUUUACUAAGCAGCUGAAUUAUGUGGCAUGUGUGAGGUUGAUAUUGUGGGUUUUUUUAAAAGAUGAAAGGAAGCUGCAGCUGCUUCUAGUUUUACUAAUGAGGAAACCGUAUGAGCUCUGAUUAUAAUUUGUGCCACCCCAAUAUUAGGCUGAAGAAGGCUUUUUGAAAGAGGAGGAUUUUUUUAGGAAGCUGUAUGGAAUUUCUACUUCACGUUUACAUUGUUGCAUUUGCAACAUUAAUAGAUUUCUUUUUUUAAGUUUCUCUGACCUAUAAAACUGGGAAUUGGUCCUAAGUCUUAAUGGAGUCGGAUAUUACCAUCUUAGAGAUUUGUUUGCCAAGCUAAAGUACAGUAUGUGUUACUGAAUGUUACUCUGUGUGUGUGUGUGUGUGUGUGUGUGUGUGUGUGUGUGUGUGUGUGUAUGCGCGCAUGCACACACAUGCACAAAUACCAUCCAAUUGCCAUAAAGUUAAAAGUUUAUUUUUUUUUUUUAAAUUCACUAGUCAAAUGUAUUACUAUUAUUUGGAAACGACUCUUUAGUCACACUGGAAGGAGGUACUGUUUUUAAGUUAAACAGAGGAUAAAGGCAAGCCUGGGCACCAUGAUUUAUUAGUAUGAACAUUUGCAAACGUCCACUAUGAUUCAGCAGAACUUUUGCACUAUCAUCUCAGUGCCUUCUGAUCUAUUAAGGACUCACUUAUUUGAGGAAGAGAUCAAAUAGUUCAUCCCUCCAGUUUCUUAUUGUUCCAUACAAUAAAUUACAACUAUCUAAUAUGCUCUGCUCACAGGCAUAGUUAACUUUUUGCUAUUUAAAUGCCAUGUGUACACACUAAGGUACAAAGUUACUUUUUUUCAUCAAACACUAUUGAGGAUCAUAUUAAACUAUUUAGGUCAAGAAAGGGCAAAGGGAAAUAAGAUUAUUUUCAAAUAAAGGAAGCAAGAAGCAGGGAACCCCCACCCAAGCAGCGUGUUAGACUAUCAGACAUUCUAUGGCAGCCCAGAGGUGGGUAAUAUAGGUCACUUUUGGCUCUUAAUAUCAAGUUGUCUCAAUACUCAUUUAGAAAUGAUGAACUCUUCCUACUAGAACCAUUCCUGCCUGCUAGGAUUCAUUAAUUGGCUCACUGAAUUAUCCAUGCUGGUGAUUCCAGAAUUCACAGUGUUGAAGGGACACAUUUUAAGUACAGCUUUGCUUUAAAAAAACCUAAUCACUAGGGUAAUACAAAGAGAAUCUUCAAGAAAUAAAGUGAGAAAAGGUGAGUAUUAUGGUGUUUUCAUUUUGUUCUAAAUAGGACAGAAAAUGGUCCUUAGCCUUGUUCAUUUCUCUUUCUCAUUCUGCGAGGAACAUGUAGCUAUACCAUGAGAAAUUUAUGUGCGGAAGGUUUGUGUGUUCAAGUUUAAGUCCUCUUAAUUUCCAAGUAUGAUUUCUAAACAGAUAAGAUUAUUUAAGAUCUGGGUUCUCCAAUCUAAUAUUUCAGGUGCCUCCUUUUGCUUAGUACUUUGAGGAUAUGUUUACACAGUAAUAAAACAACCAUGGCAGGCCUGUAUCAGCUAACAUAGGCUGCAGUGUAGACUUCCAUGCUUGAGACUGUGGGAUAUUUCCCCCUCACAGGGUCCCAGAGCCUGUGCUUUAGCCCGAGCCCAAAUAUCUACACAACAAUUUCAUAGCCAUGCAGCCCAAGCCCCAAAAGCAUCAGUCAGCUGAUAUAGGCCAGUCAUAGUACUUGAUAGCAUGGUAGACACAUUUCUAUACAGUUUAGGCUUUUCGCCAAUAUCCUCUGUACAGGGGCUUCUGUAGUUCCAGAGGUUUGGGUUAUCUCUUUUGCUGAUCUAUGCAGGCCUUCUGGUUUGCCCGGAUUUGGGUUCCCUGAGCUGCAUUAACCUCCAUUUCAUGAUUUGCUUGAAACCAAAUCAUAUAGAAAGUGCCCCUGUUGUCAAACUUCCUUUUUUCCAAUUAGUGAGGGUAUAGUUAUGUGUAAUGACUUCCUUAGUGAGUACACAAGAAUUCUGUGUAAUAUGCAUUUUCCUUACUUCAUGUCCUGUAGGUUUUUCAUGGUAAUUUUGUUUGUCUAGUUCCUGUUUAUAUUCAACCAAAAAUGGCUUGUCUUGCUUAGUACAAACUGACUCAAGCCCCAGUUUUACAGAGAUGCCUGCAAGUGGACCACUGUAUCCACGUGGAGAGCCAUUGACAGCAUGUCAUCCUGAACAUAUGUUGCAGGAUUAGUACCUUGAUCAGAAACCCUUAAUUUAAUACUUAACCCCCUAACAAAUGCUGCUGUGUUUGAUAAGAUUAUAAUUUAAUUUAAGAAUAUGUAUGGAAUUGGUGAUUCAGAAGCUUUUCCUCAGCUUAAAAUCUUUACAGUGUAGUUACUAUCUUUUAUAUAACUUUGCUGCUGUUUACAAAUUACACUAUGAGACUGCCCUGUUUUAUAGUCUCAAAUUUGAUUUCUAAAAUUAAGGUUUGUAUACUUCUUAAUUUUUUUAAAAAAAAUGGUGUCUUUAGCCUAAAAAAAAUUAAAUAUUUCUCCUUCCCACCAAACAUACUACCUCAGUUGACAGGAUACUAUCUUUAGGGCUUCUUCAACUUUUUAAGUCUUACCCGUUGAACAUUUUUGUAGCAUCUUGCUGGUUGGGCACGUUAGUGUAGCAUGAUAGAGCAGUAAGUACGUACAAAUGUUGUGUUAGACAUCUUUAUAGCAUGUUUGUUUUAUUUUUUAAUAGAAUGAAAAGUGAUAUGAAUGUACAGGGGAAAAUGUUUAAAACCGUGAAAUAAAAAUGUAGCUUAAAUCUUCAAGAUUCCAAAGCUUUUUUUUAUUGUUAUCGGUAUUAUAAAUCUUUUGUAAACUUCUUACUACAUAUUUUUCUUGUUUUCAAGUGAGUGAAUAAUGUUUCAAAACCCUUCAGAAAUGCAGUUUACACUUUACAACUUAAAGAAUGUACACUCUUUAGAUUAUUACAAACUUUUACAAACCUGGGGGACAAAUGCCAAUACAGAUGAAGCUGUAGGACUGCAUCUAAAGCAGUUUUAAAAAGAACUAGACAUUUUAAUCUAGUUUAUAGCUUACCAAAUAUUAAUGAAUAUUAGUUAGUUAUUUUGCUUUAAACGUACAAAUAUAUACUUUAAUUCUGUGUGUUUCAUUGGAGGACAAAAUUAUAAAUGUUUUGCUUAUAUAUACUUUCACUUUGAUAAUGAGUCCCUUUAACAACACCAAACAGUUGUAUGUAAAGGUGACACAACUUGGUCACUAAGUAACAUUUCCUUUCCCCACUCUCCACUCUUGACUUAAAGGGACUCAAAUCAGAAUUGAGUCUAAACUGCCAAUUAUACACUAUCCAUUAGCUACUCCCAUUAAAUGGAUCAUAAUGACAUACCUAUCCAUACUAGAAGCAAAUCUGAUUAUUACAAUUGCAUGUUUUAUGACAUUGCAUUUUUGAGGAUUGACUGAAUGGGUAUCAGUCUCAAACUGUGUGAAUUUUUUUUUAAACUGCUGUUUAUGUACCAUGUUGUUUUGGUCUAUUUCUUUUUAACAUUUGGUGCAAUAAAUGAUUUGAAUUCGGUUUAAAUUGUCUGGUAUAUUUGUUUUCCUUUUAAAUCUCUUCCUGAAAUGCUUUUCUGCUUCUGGUCGAAAAGGCUGAUAUUGAACACUGUGCAGCUGGGUACAGUUGGCUAGUACCAUUAGCAGUUGAGCAGCGGAAAGAUAUGCCAUUGUAAUAGAUCAGGGAUGGGCAAUCAUUUUUUUUACUGGGAGCCACUUCAGAAAUUUUUGAAGUAGCUCUGGGCUGCACCGGAAGGGGCGGGGCCAAAAUGGAUCAUACACCUGCUUCGAUUGGACUGGGGCUAGGUGAGCGCGUGAAGUC